UGGAAAUUAAUUUUAUUUUUGAGAUAGGGCAAGUUCCACAAUGCUUGCCUCUUUCCUGCCUUGGCCUCCAGAGUGUUGGGAUUACAGGCGUGUAACUGCAAUCCCGUUUUAAAGAGCAGGAGAAAAAAUUAUGUAUUUCUUUUUUUUUUUUUUUUUAGACAGGACCCUCAGACUCACUGUUAUCCACCCGCGCUUCUGCUUCCCAAGUGCCUGCAUCAGCACAGGGAGAGGGGGACAACCAUGCCUUUCUUUCUGUCUAUAGGCAUGACAGCCAUCAAAACCAGUCCACUGUCCUGGGUAGAGGUUUGGUUCUGCCAUUGCUUAUGGGUGGUUUACACAGAAAGCGUUGGAUGCGUAGGUCUGAGGUCUGCAUGUUGAACAUUGUUGCUUAGAUAAAGUCAUGUCUUAUUUAGGGGUUCAGCCAGAACGCACCCCUUCCAGUUGCCCCAUGGACUCUAAUCAGUCUAAAGCCCAAAAUGGAAGAGUACAUUAUAACAUACUGGUGUAGGUCCAGGGCCCCUCGUCUAAAUUUUAUUUUCAGUGCGUUUCUUUCCCUCCGCCUUUGCAUGGGAAGAUGCCCCGUAGCUUCAAGCUCUGUGGCGUGGAAGGGAACCGUGGUGGGCUCUGGUAAAUGGCAAGCAGUCAAGUCACGUGGGUAGUCAAGGCCAGACUCCUCAUUGAGUACUUGGGGUCCACAUACUUAGAUAGUGUUUCCAGGAAUCUUCAUAAUGGGCUUAAAAGUAAAUCUCUAAUAGGUGAGAAAACUGAGAUUCCCGGAUCCAGAAUAGUAAUCUUGAGGAUGUGACUCAUGUGUCUCUGUGUCAGUCUCAAAAGCGCACACUGGUUUCGUUGCCUCUGCAGCAGGCUUCAAAGAGCUGCUCCUCCGCUGGAAGGUGAGAGCAAAUCUUUUUCUCAGUUUUUUGGAUGCCUAAGUUUUCCCUCAGAUCAAUUAAAUCACAAUCUCUGGGGUCGCAGCAGAUUUCAGAUUCCCUGUUUGAUUCCUGUAAGCUCCCGGGACACUGCCCCGCUCUCUACUUUAACAACUAGAGCCACUGGCUGGGGCUUAUGAAAGCAAAACCCAAACGGGGGCGCAGAGGGAGGAAAGGAGGGGGCUAAUUCCCCUUAUCUCAGCGUCAAAACCUGGGGCGGGACCUUGGUGGGAGUCCCUGGAGGCUCAGGUGUGGCGCGGUUGCAAGAAGUAACCCCCACGGAGCCCUGGGUGAUUGCGCCAUCCUACUGGGCUUUCGUAACUGCGAGCCGGGGCUGCCAAGAGGAGCUUCAGCACCGGUUCCUCAAAUGUUUCGCUGUUGCCAGGACUGCCCGCUGCUGUGCGUCACGUGCAAGUGGGAAGUCACGCCGACACAGAACUGAGCCACGCCGGGGCGAGCGCUCGCAGUGCGAGCUGAGUGUGGAGCCCGAAGCGGACGGCGGCUGCUGUCGCGACUCCAAUCUGCCGGCCGCCCGGCCCCGGCUGCGGAGCUUCUCCGCCGCCCGCCGCCCCACGUAGAAGGAACCAUGCUGGCCGUCGGCUGCACCCUGCUGGUCGCCCUGCUGGCCGCGCCCGCAGUCGCGCUGGUCCUUGGGAGCUGCCGCGCGCUGGAGGUGGCAAAUGGUACGGUGACGAGCCUGCCAGGGGCCACUGUUACCCUGAUCUGCCCUGGGAAGGAAGCAGCAGGCAAUGCUACCAUUCACUGGGUGUACUCAGGCUCACAGAGCAGAGAAUGGACUACCACGGGAAACACACUGGUUCUGAGGGCCGUGCAGGUCAACGACACUGGGCACUAUUUGUGCUUCCUGGAUGAUCAUCUGGUUGGGACUGUGCCCUUGCUGGUGGAUGUUCCCCCAGAGGAGCCCAAGCUCUCCUGCUUCCGGAAGAACCCCCUUGUAAAUGCCUUUUGUGAGUGGCAUCCAAGCAGCACUCCCUCUCCAACCACGAAGGCUGUGAUGUUUGCAAAGAAAAUCAACACCACCAAUGGGAAGAGUGACUUCCAGGUGCCUUGCCAGUAUUCUCAGCAGCUGAAAAGCUUCUCCUGCGAGGUGGAGAUCCUGGAGGGUGACAAAGUGUACCACAUAGUGUCACUGUGCGUUGCAAACAGUGUCGGAAGCAGGUCCAGCCACAAUGUAGUAUUUCAGAGUUUAAAAAUGGUGCAGCCGGAUCCACCUGCCAACCUUGUGGUAUCAGCCAUACCUGGAAGGCCUCGUUGGCUCAAAGUCAGUUGGCAAGACCCUGAGUCCUGGGACCCAAGUUACUACUUGUUGCAAUUCGAGCUUCGAUACCGACCUGUAUGGUCAAAGACGUUCACGGUGUGGCCGCUCCAGGUGGCCCAGCAUCAAUGUGUCAUCCAUGAUGCCUUGCGAGGAGUAAAGCAUGUGGUGCAGGUCCGAGGGAAGGAGGAGUUUGACAUUGGCCAGUGGAGCAAAUGGUCCCCGGAGGUCACAGGCACUCCUUGGCUAGCAGAGCCCAGGACCACUCCGGCAGGGAUCCCGGGGAACCCCACACAGGUCUCUGUUGAAGACUAUGACAACCACGAGGAUCAGUACGGAAGUUCUACAGAAGCAACGAGUGUCCUCGCCCCAGUGCAAGGAUCCUCGCCUAUACCCCUGCCCACAUUCCUGGUAGCUGGAGGAAGCCUGGCGUUUGGAUUGCUUCUCUGUGUCUUCAUCAUCUUGAGAUGUCUGAGUCUGUCUCCCACUGAAGAUGAUCUUGGGCAAGAAAAACCUGGGACCCAGCCUUCUCAAUAUUCCGAACAGAAGGAAAACCAUCAUGUGGACACUUUGCAGGUAAGAGUAGAGGGUGGCUGCCAAGGACCAGCCUUAGCUUGGUCAGGGUUCUGAGAGAAGGAUUAUCUGGGAAUAGCAAAAACAAAUGACUUGAAGUCAAAUUGUGGGUCUAAGCUGGCAGCCUAUGUUCUACUGAGAUGCUCUCUCUCUCUCUCUCUCUCUCUCUCUCUCUCUCUGUGUGUGUGUGUGUGUGUGUGUGUGUGGUGGGGGGUGCGAGCACCUGUGUAUGUGUGUGUUUUGCUCUGCUCUAGACAACUUUUUCUUGCUAUUCUAAAAACUCUCUGGUUAGACAACUAGCUUUCUGCUAAAGACCACUCUCUCUGCUAGUAACCAUUCUAAAAGCUCUCUGGUUAGCUCAUGGGUUUUCUGACCAAAGUCAGAAAAACUGCUAUAAAAAAAAAUCUUGGAUGUUUCGAACAAAUCAGAAAUCCUGUUAGAAAAAUUCUAAAAUUAAUUCUUGGGUUUUCCAAUCAAAAUCAGAAAGAAAAAACUCUAAAAGAGCGGUGUCAGCUUACUAAGUAAUUCUUGGUGGUCAAAAAUCCCAUCAGGAAAAAACUCUAAAAGAGCUGUGUUUGCUUUCCAUGGAUUUUCCAACUAAAAUCAGGAAUCCUGUUUUUUUUUAAAACAAAAUGUUUGAAGAGCUGUGUUCCCUCUCCAGAGAUCUUGAGACAGCUCAGCUCUGGGUAGGGAAACAUUCUAAGAACUGCUAUCACUUUUUGCCAGCUCGUCUCAUGUGGACCAAAAGCCUAGGUUUUUAUUUACAUAUUAUUUCAGUUAUUUAUUCCAAGUUCCCGCUUGACCACCCAGGAAUCAGCCUUCUAUUACCUUAGCCCCCAGAUUCUUAGGAAAAGAACAGCAAGUACAUUUUUUUCCUCUUCUUUUUUCCUUUAAGAUUUAUUUAUUAUAUAUGAGUACACUGUAGCUGUCUUCAGGCGCACCAGAAGGGGGCAUUAGACCCCAUUACAGAUGGUUGUGAGUCACCAUGAGGUUGCUAGGAAUUGAACUCAGGACCUCUGGAAGAGCAGUCAGUGCUCUUAAUCACUGAGCCAUCUCUCCAGCCCCCUUUUUUCUUUCCUUAAUAUUGCAAAAGAAUUCAGAGAUCUGCCUGCCUUUGUAAACUUAGCUGGGUGGGACCUUAUCCUGAGGUUACCGUUUCCCACCACUCCUGGACCUAAAUUCACUCUGUCCCAGGCUUGAACUCAGGGGUCUGCCUGCCUUUGUAUCGCUCUGAUGAACUGGUUCACAGUGCAGCUGCCUCUGUUCCUUUAGAUCUGUGAAGCUCCUUAUACAAUUCAUAUUGCAUUUUAUAUUUCUGCAUAGUUGAGAAAUUAUACAUUUUUGAACUCAUAUUUUUAGAGUUCUUUCCCACAGCCUUAAGGGCUGUCCUGAAGGUCCCAGUAUUUACCAUUUGGCUGAGACAUUAGCUACUCCUUCCCCUCCUGGACUCAUGAUGUCUCUAAUUAUCAUAGAGUUAUUAACAUUAGCAGGGAGGACAUUCCUCAGAGAACCAUGAAAAUAUGUGCAGUAUUAUACAAACACAGCAGCCAUCCACUCUUCUAUAGGCCCAUGCCUGCUGGCCCUGUCUCAAGGGCAGGAGCCAUGUCCUUCUGUCCCCACCAAGGCCAUGCCAUGGCAGGUGGCAAGAAGCAUCUGAAGGCCCCAAUUCCGAUGAAGCUGGAGUUGAGCAGCACCCACCGCCCUUCACCUGGACCCAGCUCCCUCAGCACAGCUGUUCUUUCCUUGAGGUUGCUCCUUGCCUUGAAGAAAGUAACAUAGGAACCAGGUGUCCCUUAGGGUGGCCAGGCUGUGUGGGUUGUAGGGAGAGUGGGCUGUGGGGCCAGGAGUCGGGAGAGAGCCACUUCCCCAUCUGCCAAGUUACCGAGCUGCACCCUGCAGAAGAUGAGGGAGCAGAUGGCGAUUCUUGUCAAGGAUGUAAGGUGCGCUCCGCUCUGGAAAGUGUCUGCUAAGAAGCACUCUAUUUGGUUUUGAAGACACGAGGGAAAGAAUGCUUUCUGCAGAUCCCUGGGGAGUGCAGGUUCCACUGCAGUGCAUGUUCUGUGUGAGGGCUAGGUGGGCGGGAUGCAGAGGCAGAGCCUAGCGGCCCAGGGUGAAAGCUCAGAGCUGAAGAACACAGUACUAGGGAUGUGACCACCUGGUAGGAUGCAGCCCUAGCACACGUAGGACCCUGGGUUUGACCUUCAGCAUCACACACAUUGGUAGUGGUGCACAGCUCCAGAGACACCUAAGGUGGGGGGUAUCAGGAAGGUCACGAGACGCUUACACUCCUGCAGGUAGAGUGGUCCAGGAUACCCAGGUUAGUUAAGAGGUGGAAUUAGACUCCAAGCUUAGGUCUUCUCCACCUCAAGUCAGGUGCUGUUUCCUUACUAUGAGCUCAGGUCCCAUAGCUAUUGGUGACCUUGAUGGCUCCUUCUGCAGGCCUUGUGCUCUCCAGUGGACUACUUUCCAUCGAGGAUCCGGGUUUCCUCAUUUGAUUUGUCAAACUUCUGUGUGUGUAAGCUAAGGCUGGCGGGCGGCCAGCCAGGAGUCUGAUCCCUCAGGCGAAGGUAUGGCUCAGACACCUUCAGGGGUGACCUGAGGAAGCCAGAGCACAGGAGGGGGCCACUGAGAGGAAGGACAGAAAUUGGUUUCUUAAAUUUUUUUCCACCUUUGGUUUUCCCGAGACAGGCUUUUUCUGUGUGGCCCUGACUGUCUUGGAGCUUGCACUGUAGACCACAGCUGGCCUUGAACUCAGAUAUCUGCCUGCCUCUGCCUCUGCCUCUGCCUCUGCCCCUGCCCCUGCCCCUGCCCCUGCCCCUGUCUCUGCCCCUGCCCCUGCCCCUGCCCCUGCCACCUCUGCCUCUCCCUCUGCCUCUGCCUCUGCCUCUCUGCCUCUCUGCCUCUCUGCCUCUCUGCCUCUCUGCCUCUGCCUCUGCCUCUGCCUCUGCCUCUGCCUCUGCCUCUGCCUCCGCCUCUGCCUCCGCCUCUGCCUCCGCCUCUGCCUCCGCCUCUGCCUCCUCUGCUUCGGCCUCCGCCUCUGCCUCCUCUGCCUCUGCCUCUGCCUCUGCAGUGUGGUGUGCACCACCGCUGCCCUGGCCAGUUCCUUAAACUGAACCAGGGGCUUCCCUUUCACUCCUGGACUUGAUGUGAGACUUUGCUGCUUAUUUUGUAUACACUUUAAUGGGCCUUUAAAAAUCCCUCCAAUUCUGUCCUGGAUCUCAGGGCUCUGUCACAUGGCGGUAUGGAAAGGCAAACACCCUAAGAGCCCAACCCGAGAGUCUGAGUUGGACCUUACACAAGCAGCAGAAGACAAAGUUUUGUUUCUGGAAAUUUCUAAUUAUUUCUCUUAAGUUCCAUUCCCAGCUCUGCUGGCCUCUUUGGGCCACACAAAUAAAAUAAAAUAAAAUAAAAUAAAAUAAAAUAAAAUAAAAUAAAAUAAAAUGUGUUAAAAUCUUGGACUGGAAAGAGGGCUCAGUGGUUAAGAGAACCAGCCACUCUUCCAGAAGGUUAAAGUCAAUGGAAAACCCAGAAAUCUCGGAAAUGUUUACGUGGAGCGCUUGGAAUAAAAUCACAGCCGUUUCUGAGAAAUAUCUCUCAGUUACUUGAAGCACCUUACUGAGAAGGUCUUUACUUAAGGGGAAGAGUCUUCACCACGGCUUCCUGUGGGUGUGUCGCACAGGGGAUUUAUAAACUUGGGUUCCUUUAGAUCUCAUGAGAUGAAAGCAGACGGAGCACUCCCUAAGAGACUUUUGUUUCGUUUUAUUAUUUUUUUCUGGACAGAGUCUUGCUAUGUAGCCCAGGCUGGCCUGCAGUUCACAGUUCUCCCCUCUCAGCCUGCCCCGUGUGGGAGUUACACCAGUCUGUUAUGAGAGAAACAAACUCUUGGCUUUAGGGGCUUGUCUUCUCAGCUCCUGAGUCCACUUGUAUUCUCAGGACUCCCCCAGUCCCCUGUGAAUAACAUUCCUAUUUCCACUUCUAGUCAACUUCCCCUGGCGCCAUCUUCUGGCCUAGGACCCAGAUGUCCUCUGAACUCUGACUUGCAGCCUGGAACUAAGCAUGACUUUCCUUUAUUUUCCCAUCUCUUGCUUGGAUUUUAACUAAAGUCUAAAUAUAGCUCUGAGACACUCUGGGCUUUCUUAUUGGUUCUUGGCCACCAAACCAAACUCAAAGGGCAGGGCUUCCUCCUCCUGGCAGCUGACAGAAUCUCCAGCUUUCCUGCGCGUUUUGAGUCAGAGCCCUGGCUGUCCUGGAACUCACUCUGUAGACCAGGUUCAUGAACUCACAGAGUCCCGCCUAUCUCUGCUUCCCAACUGCUGGGAUUAAAGGUGUAUGCCAACACAGCCAGCCUUGCUCCACUGUCUGUCUGUCUCUUGUCUGUCUCUUUCCUUCUUCCUUCCUUCUUUCUUUUUAAAGAUUUAUUGAUGUAUGUUAUAUAUAUGGGUGCUUUGACUGAAGAUGUGUCUGUACACCAGAAGAGGGUGUUGGAUUUAAUUGUAAAUGGUUGCGAGCUGCCUCAGGGUGCUGGGAGAGCCUUGGAAGAGUAGCUAGAGAGAGCUCUCUCUAGUCUCUGCUCUGCUGUGUCUCAACCAAACUAUAAUAUGAGAUUUUCUGGAGCUUCCACAGCAAUGACAAAAAAACCAAAGCAAGAUCCCUAAUACUUCUCUCUUUCUCUUUCUCUCUCUCUCUCUCUCUUUCUUUUCCUCCUUCUUCUCCUCCUCCUCCUCCUUCUCCUUUUCCUCCUUCUCCUCCUUCUCCUCUUCCUCCUUCUCCUCCUUCUCCUCCUUCUCUUCCUCCUUCUCCUCCUCCUUCCUCCUUUUCCUCCUCUUCCUCUUCCUCCUCUUCUUCCUCUUCCUCCUCUUUCCCUCCUCCUUUUCCUCCUCCACCACCUCCUCCCCCUCCUCUUCCUUUUCUUCCUCUUCCUCUUCUUCCUCUUCCUUCUCUUUCUCCUCCUCCUUUUCCUCCUCCACCUCAUCCUCCUCCAACUCCUCCUCCUUCUCCUCUUCCUUCCCCUUCUCCUCCUCUACCUCCUCCUCCUUCUCCUCCUCUUCCUUUUCUUCCUCCUCCUUCUCCUCCUCUUCCUUUUCUUCCUCCUCCUCCUCCUCUUCCUCUUCUCUCAUUGAGAUAAGAAUCUCAGGUAUCCAGUUUUCUCUGAAGUAGAGAGUGGCCUUGAACCCCUUAUUUCCUGUUCUUACUUCCUUCUCUUAUUUACUCCUGGGAGUUGGGUGGGGCACUACCCUAGCUAGGCUGUUUCUGGCAGCAGUACAGGGACUGGUGGCUCUUCAUGGGGACAGCGGCCUCAGACCUGAGCUACCUCCAGCAAAAUAGCCUGAGAACAACAUCUGUGAAGUCAAGGUGGGCCCGUGCUUUCUCUUUUCCUCUAUGUGUAUUACAUGGCAACAUUUUCCAUGAGCAUGGUUUCUAUAAUGAAAGGAAACUUCAUUAAGAAGCUAUAAUCUCGUCUCUCUCUUUCUUUGUUCCACUUUUUGGUUUCUUUUUUUUUUUUAUUUAUUUUAUUUUUUUGGUUCUUUUUUUUUUUUUUUUUUUCGGAGCUGGGGACCGAACCCAGGGCCUUGCGCUUCCUAGGCAAGCGCUCUACCACUGAGCUAAAUCCCCAACCCCUCACUUUUUGGUUUCUUGAGGAGGAUCUUCUAUUAUGUAGCCCCAACUGUGUAGAGACUCCCUCUGUAGACCAGGCUGGCCUUGAACUCACAGAGAUCCACCAGUCUUGGCCUCUCAAGUGCAGGGAUUAGAGGUGAGUGCACUGUGCCCCGCCUCCCUCUAUUUUUAAUAGGCUGAACUGUCUCAGAACAGUUGUCUAUGAAGGCCAGUACGUACUUGUGGUUCCAGCUCCUUGGAAGGCUGAUGCUAAAAGAUUACUUGAACCCAGGAGUAUUUGGGCAACGUAGCCAGACUCAGUGUUUAACAGUCACUUGGGCAGCACAUACACUAAAAUUGAAACAGCACAGAGAGAACAAGUGUGGGCCCUGCCCAAGGACAUGCAAAUGUAAAGCCCUCUUUGUUUCUAAAAACUGACCAACCAAAGGACCCAGCAAGGGAACAAAGUGGCUAUAGUCAGUCUCCCAAAGACAGUGGUCCUGGAGGCGCUGGUAGGUAUGAAGUGGCUCGCACUACCCUCUAAUAAAGCUUGAUGCUCUGUUUUUAAAAGACAAAGGUUGUAGAAGCCAUGUUUUAGUUGGAAACUCAGUUUAAAAUAAUCCAAAAUGGGGUUGGGGAUUUAGCUCAGUGGUAGAGCGCUUGACUAGCAAGCACAAGACCCUGGGUUUGGUCCCCAGUUCCGGAAAAAAAAAAUAAAAAAAAAAUAAAAAAAAAUAAAAAAGAUAAUCCAAAAUGAAUACAUCUUUGUUAUCUCUCUCUUACUUAUUUAUACUUAAAUAAAAAAGAUUUAUUUAUUAUAUAUAAGUAUGCUGUAGCUGUCUUUACACACAGCAGAAGAGGGCAUCAGAUCCCAUUACAGAUGGUUGUGAGCCACCAUGUGGUUGCUGGGAUUUGAACUCAGGACCUCUAGAAGAGCAGUCAGUGCUCCUAAGCACUGGGCCAUUUCUCCAGCCCCUAUUUAUACUUUUCUGAGAUAGGUUUUCAUCAUGUGGCCCAGACUGGCCUGGAACUUGUUAUGUAGAGCAGGCUCUUAGUUCUCAGUAGAUGCUUCUUCUUGUCUACCACACCAGUUCAUUCUUUGACAAGUCAACUGGAUUAAUCUGCAAAUGUGGUAAUGCAUCUUUUUAAUGUAAUUAUUUCAAAUUAGUAGUCCUAUUCAUUUGUGCACAUGUAUCAGAAGGCAAACUGAAUCACUGAAAAGUCAUGGAGGAAGCAUUUUGAGUCAGUGGUGACCUCAGUGUGACUCACAGUGUGGGUAAAGAAACUGGAAACGACUCGUCCAGCCUCAGAGCAGAGCUCCUCAGUGUAACCCUACACUGACUGUCAGGGCUUCAGCAGCCUGUGGGAUUUCACAACUGUCUGGGCCCAGGGUGGCCCAGGAUGGGGAGGGGCUCCUUGGAUAGGGGGAAGGCUGCCUGGAGCCAGGAGGCCACCUGUCAGCCUCAGCCCAGCUUUGUCCUGGAGGUGGAGUCCUCCCUGUGUCCAUUUCCUUUGCCCCACGCCCACUGGGAUGCAGUCCAGAGGUGUGGCUGAGCCGGGACAGAGGGCCUGUGCCCAUUUCAUAUUAAUGGCGAGCAAAAUUAUAGGCAGGGGCUGCCUCUCCUCUUUCUAAGCCAUUCAUUCUCUCUCUUGUGAUGGCUGCCUCAAGGGCAUGUAGAGAGCCUUUGGCCCAGGUUUACUGGAGAGCUCAGACCUCAGGGGCUCUGGGAGAGAACUCUGUACUGGGCACUGCAAACCUCUAUCUCCAGUUGGCCUGAUACACUGCCAUUGUUAGAGACAGAGUAGGGUGGGCUGGAGAGAGGGCUCAGCUGUUAAAGGUUAGGCUCGCCACCUAAAAUAUGGGAGAAUAGAAGUGUUUUUGUUUUUUUUUUUGUUUUUUUUUUUGGUUCUUUUUUUUUUUUUCGGAGCUGGGGACCGAACCCAGGGCCUUGCGCUUGCUAGGCAAGCGCUCUACCACUGAGCUAAAUCCCCAACCCCUUAGAGGUGUUUUUUAAACUAUGUAUGUAUUCUUAUUUUACGUGUAUGAGUGUUUGCUUGAAUGUAUGACCACAGAGCCUGGAGAUGUGUAGGCUCCUGUUGGAACUGCAGUUCCAGAUAGCUGUGAGCCAAGUACAUGCUUGGAAGGGAAUUCUGCAAGAGCAGCCAGUGCGCCUAAACCUGAGUUUCUCUCCAGGACUUCACCUUCCUGAUCCUGUUCUUCAGAUGUGAAGGGUUCCGUAGGCUGAGUGUAUGACCUGGAAGGGAAGUAGAGGUGUGGCAAUUAAAAAUCACGCAUGGCCAGGCAUGGUGGCACACACCAGCAAUCCCAGGACUAGGAAGGUAGAGGCAGGGGGACCUUACAUUUGAAGAAGCUUGGCCUACAUUAAAAAACAAAUAAACAAACAACAACGCUACAACAAACACCUGGACUUGAGGCAGAUCUGGGCUGCCUGUUGCUUCCCCUUGGCUGACCCAGGACACAUACUGAUUCAUUGAGGCACUUAUUUGAAAAGGGAGGCUACUUACAUAUCUGCCCCUUCACAGUGCCAGAAUCAGCAUUCGGGGCCUAAACCUGGGUGGGCUCUUACAAAUAUAUUUAGUCUGAAUUCUAAAAAACAUUCACUUUGAUUCUCUAGAUGGGGCAGAAGGAACAGUGCUGCAUGUAAGUAUCCUUUCUUCUUAUACAUGAACACAGGAAAACAAUAGGUGCUUACACCACCGGUGGCGAAUCACAUCCACGCUCAGCAGAAGGUAAAAACCAGAUGCUAAAUGCUCAACGGUUAAGAGCAGCUGCUGUUUUUGAACAGGACCAACUCCAACUCCCAGUACCACAUAAUUCCAGAAUCUUGGGGUCCAGCACCCUCUCUGUCAUCUGCGGACACUGCACACAUCCACACAGAUAAAAAUAAUCAGGCCUGGAGAGGCGGUUCACCAGUUAAGAGCACAUACACAUCCAUCAGCUGACAACUGCUUGUAGCCCUUGCUCCAAAAGAUUGGAUGCCUCUGGCCUCUCAGAAAGGUACACAUACCAACCACCUGUCUUCAUACAACUAAAAAUAUAACAGCCUUUUUAAAAAGUGAAGAGUAGCUGGGAGCGGUGGCACACAACUUUAAUCCUCGUACUGGGGAGGCAGAGACGGGGGUAACUCUGGGUUCAAGACCAGCCUGGUCUAAAAGCAAGUUCCCAGACAACAGUUAUAUAGGUAAAACACACACACACAUACAUACACUCACACGCAGAAAGAUAAUCAUACAUACACACAUACAGUAUUCUUACAUACACAUACAUACACAAACACAUACAUAUACACAAGCACACACACACACAAACCUACACACACAUACACACAUACAUACACAUAUAUACACAUACACUCAUACAUAUAUACAUACACUCACACAGACAUACACACAUAUACACACUCACAUAUAGACACAUACUUACAGACACACACAUCACAUACAUACACAUAUGCAAACACACACAUACACUCAUACCCACAAAUACACACUCACCCACAAACACACAAUACACUUAUACACAUAAAUACACUCAUAUACUCAGACAUAGACACAUACAUAUACACUCACACACAUACAUACACACUCAUAUGCACACACACACACACAAACACACUCACACAUACAUAUUCACUCACACAACAGAGACACAUACAUACACACAUAUACACACUCACAUACAUACACAAUACACACUCACACACACUUAUAUACACACUCACACACACUUAUAUACACACUCACACACACUUAUAUACACACUCUCACACACUUAUAUACACACUCACACACUUAUAUACACACUCACACACACUUAUAUACACACUCACACACACUUAUAUACACACUCACACACACUUAUAUACACACUCACACACUUAUAUACACACUCACACACUUAUAUACACACUCACACACACUUAUAUACACACUCACACACUUAUAUACACACUCACACACACUUAUAUACACACUCACACACUUAUACACACACUCACACACACUUAUAUACACACUCACACACUUACAUACACACUCACACACACUUAUAUACACACAAACACACACUUAUAUAUACACAAACACACACUCAUACACACAUAAUUCACUCACACAUACAUACACUAACACACACAUACACACAUUGACACACUCAUACACACACAUACACACACAUUGACACACUCACACACAUAUUCACAUGAAUCUAAUUCUGAUGCACAGAGGAGGAGAACAAAGGACAGGCUGGGGAAGAUUAUGCCCCAGAAGGGAACUGCCCUGCUCUGUAUUCUCUAGGGAAGGCAUCGUGGCAGGGCUGUAGAGGGAAGUGAGGGGGAGGCUCAGCUGCUGGCUGUUGGCUGCCUUGGAACACUCCGGCAUCAGCAGUUUCACAGAACGCUCCAGUAGGUGUUUGCACAGGAAGUACUUUUCAUGAAGGGAGGCGACUGUCAGAAUGAAUGGAGCCAAUUCACUGGGUAUAGCUCAGCAGCAGAACCCUGGUGCAUGUAACCCAUCUCAACAACACGACAAAACCAGCUGACCGACCGACCGACCAGAACACCAACUGACUGAAUAAAGCAAAUGACUGUUUUCCUGGCAAGCAUUUAUUGAUAGUAGCAUUUCAGAGUAAACCACCUUCCAGAAGGCACACAGCUACACUGGUCCGUGCAAGAGAGCCAAUGAUUUAUAAGAUUCCAGUAUAAUACCAAUUGCCAAGGCUCCUGUAUUACAAUCUGUUAAAUAUUUUAAAAAGUUAGAACAAUGUAUCAAUUAAUGUUUACAUGUCAAAUCCUCCUGACAGCAUUUGGAACAGCUAAGACUUUAACGAAAUGAUUCCCGCCUCAGUGAUCUAUUGACAGCACAGUCUUCAAAAAUAGAAUAAAGAUUAUGAAAUACAUGACUCAGCCUGGGUCCAGGGACAUAGUAGGAGUCAAAGAACUCUUUCUAUAGGGAAGGGUACAUUUCAAGAUGGCAACUGCUGUGUCAUCGUUUAUUUUGAGUUAUGGACUGUAUGAGAAAUCCUUUAGACAAACCACCCUAAAUGGACAGCUUGUUUCUCAACUGCAGUUUUCCUUUGCCCCAGUAGAUGGCAGGAGAACACCAUCUUUCAUGGCAUGGGUUCCGCCAAGAAGGAAAGCUAAUUAGAGGGAAGGUUCAUACUGACCGAGUUUCUCCAAGGCCAAGUUAGUAGGAUGUAGGUGGCAAAGAGAAGAAAAAAGAUCAGUCCUAAGGGAGUUUAAGGUUAAGCGGGCGCUGGCUACAGAAGACAGGAGGAAGACAGAAGGCUGUGAGGCCCAGGGAGGGGAGCAGUGAAACCCUAAGUAUCAGACAGGAGGGAUGACUCAAGAGUACACUGGCUUUUUGACUGAGGCAAGGAAAAGUAAGUCAUGAGCUUGUAACUAAAAUGCUAACAGACUCGUCCAACAGGCGACUAAAGAAGUCUCACAGUUGUUCUUGAAUUAAACAUUAAUCUACCCAGCAGGGGUAACACUGGCAAAGACUCCCAACACCAAACAAGGAUGAUUAAGGUAGGACCUGCAUGGAGAACAGCCCACUUUCCCUCCUGGUUCUCUGCCCAGCUCCCCUUCCUGUGGCAGAGAGCAGUGACUGAACUCCAGCACAGCACACACUAAGCGGCCAAGAAUGAAGGCUGUUCUUACGGUGCCUAUUAAAGCACUCUCGGUAACCGGAAGGGACUCUGGUGCCUUUGCCAUCUCCUGCCUUUGUGCAUACUCACUAAAUUUCCCCAUUGCUUUAUUCCGUUACUCAGUGUUUUAAAAGGUUCGUGUGCAUGGAUGUUUUGCUUGUAUAGAUGUGUGUGUACCAUGUUGCCCAGUACCUUCAGAAGCCAGAAGAGGACACCAGAUCCCCUAGAACUGGGCAAGGUGGAUCCUGGGAACUAACCAGGGUCUUCUACAAGUGCAGCAAGUAUUUCCCACCUCUGAGACAGUUCUUUGUCCCCAGGUGUAACCCAAGAAUAGCACUGAAUUCAACUCCUCCUGCCUUUGCCUCAGCGCAUCAUACUGGCCGGAGACACCUGGGGUGGUGAUUGGAAUAUAUCUGGACAGAAACCGCUGGGCAAUCACAGGAAGUAGAAAUGUCCUUUGCCUUUCUGUGUUCUUCUUGGAGACGCCCUUGCUCUGUUGCCCAGGCUAGUUUUGGACUCUUGGCUCUACCUCCUGGAUAGCUAGCUGGAUUACAGAUGCCGUCCGUUCUCAGGGGUCCCUGUCUAAGUCGAUGCCCUCGAACAAAGCAGUUUUUACAAAUAAGUUUUGCUGAAGGAGAAAAAGGUGAGGAGCUCUACAGAUGUUCAAGGCAUCUGGAGGGUUCACCAAAAGACAAUCUUUGUAGGAAAAAAAAAUAACUUUCCCCCUGGGAGACGGAAUUGAUUCAAAGGAAUAAAUAGGAAAAUACUUUUAUCAGGAGAAAAAGGGUAAGAAGCCCAAUCGUUUGGAGCUCGGAGGACAAGCCCCAGAGCUUCAGAUCAGCCGGCCCAGGCUCACUAGCAAGCGGUUAGGGCACCCUGCUGGGCCUAAUUGUUUUUAGAACGUAGGGUAGGGUACUAUAUGCCACCACCCAGCUGUGAGUCCCCUGGCUUCUGUCAGCGUGUGUCACAACCUAAGAAGAAAAUAGCAGCUUUAACAUCCUCCCUCACUGGCCUUCUGCUAAUCUACAGUAUUUUUGCUUUUUAUAGCCCCCCUCCCCUUACCAUGAAGACUGGACUAUAUAUAAACUCCAUCUCCUCCGCCUUCAAGAAUGUAGAGCAAAUAUGGAGGGAGCAUGCCUGGGUGUGCAGCAGAGGCCAGGUGACUCUGACCUGUCAGGCCGGCGUUCAUCAGAGUCGCCAGGUGUGUGCCCACAUCCUUCCCCACCCAGAAACGUUUUAAUAUUUAACGCUGACCAUUAGAGACAACAACUCCAUUUCUUUUGAAGAGUAAGGAGGGUUAAGCAAAAAUUAAGGCUUCAUGGCUACAAGAUGAGCUAAUAUAGGUUUGACAUAGCGGACAGUGCACAGAUACAAGAUAAUAAAUGAUAAUUAACAUUUGCUGGAUGGAAUUGCGGCUGCCGAAAACUUAAACCGAGUGCCCUGCAUACAGGAGCCAGAAUGAUUGUCAGCACUGCGAGGGCAGCCUUUGUGAGGACUGCUGUGCUCCACUGAGGAAAAGGCCCUUUUAACCUCCAACAAAACCUCACACAACCCUUUAGCUAAGACGUCCUGAACCAGGAGCAAACGUCUUCCUACCAUUCUGUCAGGGCAGCCAAGCGAGGGAGUUAAGGACUAGGCUGUGCUUUCUCCUAAGAAAUCUGGCCAGGUUUUUGUUGUUUUGGAUUUUUCAAGACAGUGUUUCUGUGUGUAGCCUUGGCUGUCCUGGAACUCACUCUGUAGACCAGACUGAUCUCGAACUCGCAAAGACUCACCUGCCUCUGACUCCUGAGUGCUGGGAUUAAACGUGUGUGCCAUCACACCUGACUUACGGUUAAUAUUUUUUUGUGUAUCUGAGAAGCCACCCACAUCCACUUUCCACUGACGGUGGUCAGCACAUCGCCUUGGGAACAGUCUUGAGAUCCAGUUUACAAACACGAGCAAGAAAUGUUCCUGCCGUUCUGACCGAGCCCAUUCUCCAUGGCACCUGCACGCAGCAAGCUCCUCCUGCGGGAUUUUCCACAGUUCACCGGUCACAGGCUAAACAUACAAUGAUUUAGUGUCUCAGAGAGCAGCCAAGACAGCCCCAACUACAAUAUUUUUCAAAAUGUUUCUGUCAGGCGUAUGUUGGUGUGUUCUGUAUGUCAGAGGCGAUCUUUUCAGACCAGUGGCUCAGUUCAUACAAUCAGAUCCCAAUUUUGUUGUCAAAUUUUUUUUUUGCCAAAAAUAAAAAGCAAAUCUACUUUCAGAAAGAAAUCUUAAAGAUGACUUCAUGCAACAAAAAUACACAAAAAGAAAAGCUGUCUGAAAUGCUUUGUAAAUAUCCAAUAACAAAACAGGUGUUGAGCUCUGUAGAAUUAAAAAAAAAAUCAGAAACCAACUCUUUGGAGUACACUUAAUAGCAAUCA